AUGUGUGAAAUUUGGUACUUCAAGUUAAAAACAACUAACAAUUGGAUUAAAAGGCAAUAUUGCAAAGGUUCAAGAAUUGGAGAUUCAAAUCGUGGUAUAUACGAUAAGGAAAUGGAACACAAGUACAAUGAAUUGGAGAAAAAAGAUGAGGAAUUACAAAAGACUAGAGCAAAAAUUAUCCUCUUACAAAAUGAAGUUGAAUCAUUUCUUAAGGAAAGCUGCUUAAUGAAAGAUACCUCCAUAGUUGUCGAAGAGGAUUUAUACUUUCAUAUGGUGAAUGUCAUUUUGGAAAGAAAAUUACAAGCUGAAGGUAAGAAUGGACAUCGUCAAACAGAAAGUGCUGAUACAUGGAAAGGUCUUGAGAAAAUGCAGGAGAAUAUUGAACAAUUGAAAAUGAAAAAUAAUGAAUCUCUUUCAAAGGACUCUCAAUAA